AUGACAGCGAAAGCAAACCCCCCCGUGACAGCAGGAUCCAUAGUCGUCCCUUACGGACACGUGGUGGGAAAUGAGAAGUGGAGGGAGUCAGAGGUAGCCCAAAGGCUACAAGGGAAGGUCAGACUCAUCUUCGAGGAUGGCUUGGGCCUGGUGGACUUUCAUCUCUCAAACAGGAUUUGCAUUUUAUAUAUUUCUGAAGCAGAUUUGGUUGCAGGGGAUGAGUUCAAACAGAGACUGGUUCGGUUUAGAAAUGCCAGCAGCCUUAAGGCAAUUGUAAUUGUAGAAAAAACACAAAUAAGUGACCAGUACUUUCUAGCAGUACAGAAACUUGUUGUGCUCGAGCUUGGAAUGGUGUUGCUUCCUGUGGCAAAUCAAGGAGAAGCUUCUCAACUUAUUAUUCAGCUAGUGCGGGAGCAGAGCAAGGACCACAGCUCCAACCCCUUCCUUGGGAAGCAGCACGCUCAGCUGGCAGAACCAGCAGUGUUCCACACGGUGCAGCACAUUCCAGGAGUCGGGAAAACAAAGUCUCUGCUUUUACUGCAGCACUUCGGGAGCAUCCACCGCCUUUGUAACGCGUCCCGUGACGAGCUGGAGCAAGUCGUUGGAAAAACAGUAGCACAGCAGGUUUACACUUUUCUGUGUUCCUGA